GACAGAGGCGGGGCUUCCGGCGGAAGCGGGCUCUGCCGCUGCAAGCUCGGGAGGAUGCUGCGCGCUGGGUGGUGGUGGCGGUGCCUCGGCCUGUGUGGCCUCCUCGCGGGGCGGGCGGAGGCCCCGAGCCCGGGGGAGCCGCUGGAGCAGAGCCGGCCGUACGCGGUGCUGCGCGGGCAGAACCUGGUGCUGAUGGGAACCGUUUUCAGCAUCCUGCUGGUGACCAUGAUCCUUAUGGCAUUUUGUGUCUACAAACCCAUUCGGCGUCGCUGACAGCCGAGCAAGCCGUCCCGGAGUGCGGGAACAGAAUAAGUUGUGUUGCACACGGGUCAGUGGAGAAGUUGGAAUCCGAACUUUCAUGCUUGGAAAUGACCUCUGGUCAGGACAAUUGGUAAAUGCUGACUUAGAACAUCUAGCAGAUUUUCUGUAACACUGUAAUGCAAAUAAUUGGCCACUGAGUCUACUUCUAGUAUUUUCUUUCAUAUGUGGCUACACUUGUCAAAAGUCAGACCUAAAGCUCAGCGUAAAGUUCUGUGUAAAAAUGGAGUGCUCCUGAGAAAGGAACACGGUAACCUUGUGAGUGAUUGGGAAGGACUAAUCGUUAAUGUCUGAAAAGAGUAAGACGACUUAGACAUUCAGCACUUAAGAACCACUUGUGACUAUAGGUUAAGAAUCACCAAUGUUUGUAAUUAGGGUUGGCCUAGAGUACUCUGGUUGCAAGCAGUGUCCUCUGUGGGGAGCUUGGGCUGUCAUGCCUCAUGCAGCAUCAGCUCUGCCCCCACUGAAGUCAGGGUCAUAUCAGGUAGGCUCUCUCAUGUGUCCCCUUGGCUGGCAGGCGCUGGGGUUGGACUGGAAGCUUCUCGGUGACCCGUCUGAAAAAGAACUUCCUGCCAACGUGCGGACCUCCCUGGUCUGCACUUCAGCCUUCCCAGCCCGCGGCCCGAAGCAUGUGGCAGCUUUUCAGAUUUGGAAGCUAAGGGACUCUUCGGCCCCGGGUGGGAAGGACUCCCUUCCUGUACUAGGCAGAGUGGGAGUGGGUAUGUUUACAAAUUUUAUUUCAGCUUUGGAAAUGCUGCUGCUGGUUUGCACUGUUGGUGAACUGGAUCUCCCCCUAUUGCAGUGAUACUUUUGUACUUACAACGUGGCCAUCGGUAUUUAUUUUACUUUAAAGGUGCUAAGUUUAAUUACGUUGUUAAACUGAAAUGCAUAUCUUGUGCUCCUAAUUUUUUUUUUUAAACUCGCACUUAAUGUGAAAUAACUGAUGUGGGAUCCUGUAACUCUUUGACGUAUUUUGUUUGUAACCUUCAAAUGUUAACUGUUCUGUGCUUUUCAGCAAAUGUCAAUUAAAAUUAAAGUAAAAUCUUA